GUACUUUUGAUAUACCUUGUACAGAAAUGUUCAAAUUCAUGCGAGAAUAUGUGUUGAAGAAAUAAUCCAUAAUAAUAUUGCUAAAUUUGUUCUCGUGGAUAAGGUUAUACAUUAAAAAUGUCACGAAUUCAAAUUUCAUAGUGGAGGAAACUUAUUGUUAAUCUAUUCUGAAUCACAAGUAACGGGAAAAUAAUGAUGCCUGUGUCCCAGCCAGUGCGUGCUAAGAGUUUGUUACGCGCAAACUUAGAAAACUCUCGCGGGCGACUAUUGCAGAGCAGAAUGCCAAACAUCAAAGUCUUCAGUGGUACGUCGCAUCCGGAUUUAGCUCAACGUAUCGUCGACAGACUCGGUAUUGAUAUUGGGAAAGUUGUCACCAAGAAAUUCAGCAACCUCGAAACAUGUGUGGAAAUAGGAGAGUCUGUACGAGGAGAAGAUGUGUAUAUAGUACAAAGUGGAAGUGGAGAAGUAAAUGACAAUCUGAUGGAACUAUUGAUUAUGAUCAAUGCAUGUAAAAUCGCAUCUGCAUCUCGAGUGACUGCAGUAAUUCCUUGUUUCCCAUAUGCAAGACAAGAUAAGAAGGAUAAGGGUGGUGACGGACACGACAACUCAAAAUCUAAGAAUCGUAUUGUCAUGAAGUCAAACGAGUGGAAAUUCAGGAGCCGUGCCCCAAUUUCAGCGAAAUUAGUAGCGAAUAUGCUGUCUGUAGCAGGAGCUGAUCAUAUUAUCACUAUGGACUUGCAUGCUAGUCAAAUUCAAGGAUUUUUUGACAUUCCAGUUGACAAUCUGUUCGCCGAGCCUGCAGUUUUAAAAUGGAUUAAAGAAAAUAUUGUUGAAUGGCGAAACAGUAUUAUUGUUUCUCCAGAUGCUGGAGGUGCUAAAAGAGUAACAUCUAUUGCUGAUCGCUUAAACGUUGAAUUUGCUCUUAUACACAAAGAAAGGAAAAAGGCUAACGAAGUUGCCAGUAUGGUACUGGUAGGAGAUGUAAAAGAUAGAGUUGCUAUUUUAGUAGACGACAUGGCUGACACUUGUGGCACUAUUUGUCAUGCCGCAGAGAAAUUGUUGGAAGCUGGAGCGACAAAAGUAUAUGCAAUUUUAACACACGGUAUUUUUAGUGGUCCGGCAAUUAGCAGGAUUAAUAAUGCAUGCUUUGAAGCCGUGGUAGUAACAAAUACAAUUCCUCAAGAUGGUCAUAUGAAAGACUGUCCAAAGAUACAGUGUAUCGAUGUAUCAAUGAUGUUUGCUGAGGCUGUAAGAAGGACUCACAACGGUGAAUCUGUAUCGUACCUGUUUUCGAAUGUACCGUAUUAGAUGCAAAUCUUCCUGAUAAUGUACUCUUUUAAAGCUGUGUAAGAAGAGUGUAAUCUUUUUACAUCCGCUUACCGUUACUUUUAGUUUAGUUUAACUAACUGAUUUUGCCCAUGAGAGCAAUCUUGGGAUAAGCAAUAACGUCCCAUUUUUAAUUUAAAAACCGACGUUUUCUUUUGAUAGACGCGUGUAGGUAGUGACACCCUAAAUGGAUAACAUAUAACUAUUAUGCUACCCAUUUCGAAAGAAAUCUAAGUUGAUAAGUAAUAUAGGUAUAUAAACAAGAAGCUUCGCGAUAAAACUACCUAAAUUUUUGCUAAGCUUAUUUAACACGCAGAAUCAUAUCAUUGUUCCAUUUAGAACCUGUGACUCCUCUGUUAGUUAAUUUGAAUUGUUUGAUCUUUGAUUGCCAUACAAUCUGAAGAAAUCAUUGCAACGGGCUCAAGGAGGUAUUCAUGCAAUAUAAUUGCAUCUUAAAGGCAUAUUUCAUUUUUUACAACCAAAUGUAAAAAAAAUUGCAAUAUGUAUGUGUACAAUUUUCCAACUGGUAAGACGAAGCGUCGAAACUAGUUUUUUACAAGUCUGAUAUGAUCUGAUAAGUAAUAAUCAUGUUCUGAUACAUCUGUUUCUUACAUUGUAUACAAUAGGACAUUAAUGUCAGAAAGGCAUUGAAUCUUUAUUGACUAUCUUUUACUACCACAACUUUUUAAAAGACGUCACUAUUUAUACAAACAUAAUUCUCUUGCCGGAAAUGGUCAUGCUCCCAUUUAAAAGGAAAGUGUCUACUCACAGCUUUGGACCAAUAUAUUACGAAAUUAUAAGUCAAUAUAAGUACAAUGUUGUUUACAUGCAGAUUUUUCUUAAUUCAAUGAGAAGUGCCACCUGUUAACGAAUUGGAUAUAUAUUAUAAUAAAUAUCAUAUAAAA